CUGCCUUUUCGUUUAUUUUGUUUUUAUUAUCCUGACAAACCGUUUGAUCUCAAUUUAGCGAUAAACGUCGUUUAGCAUAGAACCGCUGAUUCGUUACAUCGAAAUGGAGAUUUCAUUUCCCUUUCUGCAUGGUAGGGGGGGACCUUAGUUUGUCAACAAUGUCCUGGAAAUCGAAGUGGCCUAUGUGAGAUGAUAAGGACUCGAAGGUUUCAGACGACAUUUUAUCUAUUGAAUGCUUUGAAAUACAGAGUUUAGACUAUUGAUUGUACCUCGAUUCUUAGAUUUUCCUUCUCGUAGAAGUUGAAAGAUGCUAUAGUCAUAUUGCCUUCCGAGAAGAAUAAUUACAUCACUUCAAAUAUCUUAAUUUACGGGAGAAAACAUGCUGGGGAAUUUCGUUGUUACUUUGUAAAAUGCCACUUCAUGGGACAUUUGAAUGAAAGUAAGAAAAGCCAUAUAAGAAACAUGCUGAUCACCCAAGGGCCAAAGGUCACUUUCUGAUGCCCAUUGCUUGAAUUUGCGUUCUGUUGGGUUUGUUAGGGAUGCUUCCACAAAAAUGUUCUGACACGGAAUAGGCUCGGAGAGCUUCUCUCGUGUCCUGUAUCCAAAGUUAUUCAUUGAUGGAUGGUGAAAGCGAUGAACUUAAAGACUUUGACCAUUUCGUGGAAUCAUGGGCAGUCCUCCAGCACCAUUUUCAGAUAUCGGCAAAAAGGCCAGAGACCUCUUGACUAAAGAUUACAACUUCGAUCACAAGUUUACCCUAUCACUACCGAACUCCAAUGGAAUGGGACUAACUGCUACAGGAUUGAAGCGGGAUCAAAUUUUUAUUGGUGAUAUCAGUUCUCUGUACAAGAGUGGAAAGACAACCGUGGAUGUGAAAAUUGAUACUUAUUCAAAUGUUUCUACAAAAGUGACCGUGACUGAUAUCUUACCAACUACCAAGGCCACGUUUAGCUUCAGAAUACCUGACCAUAAGUCUGGCAAGCUGGAUCUUCAGUACUUCCAUCCUCAUGCAGCCAUUGAUUCCAGUAUUGGUCUCCACCCCAGUCCACUUUUGGAAUUUUCAGCUGCAAUAGGUAGUAAGAAUUUUAGUUUAGGUGGUGAUGUGGGAUUUGAUACUACUUCUGCUUCAUUCACAAAGUACAAUGCUGGAAUCAGCUUGAAUAAGCCAGACUUUUCUGCGGCUCUUAUACUAACCGACAGAGGACGGGCUCUGAAGGCAUCUUAUAUUCAUUCAUUGGAUCCCCUUAAUGAGACUAUGGUAGCUGCCGAAAUGACCCACAGGUUCUCCACCUUAGAAAACUCCUUUACCAUCGGAAGUUCUCAUGUCCUGGAUCCAGUAACGCUUAUAAAAACACGUUUCUCCGACAAAGGAAAAGCUGCUAUGCUUUACCAGCGAGAAUGGAGGCCUAAAUCUCUGGUAACCCUGUCAGCUGAGUACGACCCGAAAGCUAUCGAUUCAUCUCCCAAGCUAGGCCUGGCUAUUGCUCUGAAGCCUUGAUCUGAGGAACCAGCAAGGUCAUUUCAAUGAAUUGAACAUCCAUAACUUUGGUCUCAUUAUGAUUUUCCACAAGUAUUCAUUAUGGAAUUUCACAAUUUGUGUUUGGAAGAGGAGGUUUUCUUCCGUGUAUUCAUGAGAUAUUAUUUCGAGGCAUAACUAGGAUUAGAGGAACCAAUUUUGGCAACAAAAAAAAAAAAAAAAAA